UUCACUUUGGUGGCCUUUGUGUAACCUUGGUGUCUCUCCUCAUCUUGAAUAACCAACCAGAUAACGGGCGAAUGUAUUCGUUUUUCCAAAUAUCUUUUUCAUAACUGUGAUUACAACACUUCCCAACUCGAAUCUGGCCUAGGAAAUAUUGCUUCACGCUGGUCAAUUUGUCCACUGAUGAUACUUAGUUGGGACGUAAUUCAAUACGUUCUUGGAAUUAAUGGAUGAACAACACACUUCUGUUUUGGAGGUAAUUAAAAGGCUUGGCGUUGUACCUGCCUACGGAUGGGAAGCUCGCUUUGAUCGUAAAUACGAAAUAAAAUGUCGUCCCUUUACUGUGCCACGGGCUUCGCAAAUGAAGGAUAUUGUGGGGAUGUCCUUUCGAUACGCUUUCCAGUUUUACAUAAAGAAACGUUUUAUCCAGCACAGAUUACCUUUUAUCGACGUCAUUUCUCACGUGCCAUGGAGACCCAUAUAUGGCGUACCGAUAGGAGGUAUUGGUAGUGGUUCUAUCGGACGCGGAUAUCGUGGGGAGUUUUGUCGUUCAAGCCUAAUACCAGGUAUGUACUGUUACGACGUACAACCUGUCGAUCAAUUCAUCUUAACAGUCCGAAAAAAUGACGUUACUGUUUAUCAUCAAGUUCUAUCACCUCAAACAAAACCAUCAUCAACUGCCAAAAGAUUAAAAAAGUGGAGAUGGGGUUUUAAUCCAAAAAAUGGUCAUUAUAUUGGUCUGUAUCCUAGAUCGUGGACAGUUUAUGAAAUACCUGAACUUCAGCUUGUGUUAGUUUGCCAACAGAUAUCUCCCGUUAUACCUCAUGACUAUCAAGUAACAUGUCUUCCAGUUGCUGUAUUUCAUUGGAAAGUUAUAAGUUGGAAUAAUGAAGAUUUAAAAGUUACUAUCACAUUUUCAUGGCGUGGUCCCGAUCCACCCAAACGAAGUAAAUCAAGCGACUUUUCCAAACCUAUGUCUGAAAACGAGAAUAAUAUCAAUAAAAAUACUACAAAUCCUCAUGCGGAAAAUUCUUUUUCAAUCUACUCUCAACGAUCCACUGCUUUUUCUACUGACAGUAAUGUACUUGGAUGUCUUUUAGAAAGGAUCGUUGCAGAUGAACUACCCUGUUGUUUUGGUAUCGCUGCUAAAUCAACAGAUAAAGUUGAGGUGAGUCGGUGUCCAGGUUUUUGUUUGCAUAAAGACGUAUUGUACAGUACGACACAUGAUUCCAAACAUAAUGCUAAAGUUAAUGGAAACGGUGACUCAGAUCUGGUAACUUAUCUGUCUUAUACUAAAGCGCCGUCUGCUUCGCAAUUCUGGAAUAACCUUCAAUGUGGUCAGAUACCUUCCGAUAUCCACGCAGCUGGUUAUACUGUGUCGUUUGAUUCUGAAGCCAAAAAAUCACCAAAACUAGCCAUUGCUGUAAGCGCUACAACUACUGUACCCCGAUGCAAUGUCACUGAUAAUACGAAUCCUAGUCAAAGCGAACUUGAAUUCGCUAUCACUUGGCAUUCUCCGGUAGUAAAAUUCCGAACAGGUGAUGUUGUUUAUACUCGUCGAUAUGUUCGUUGGUUUCCUGUUGAUGGAACAUGUGGAGCUAAAUUACUACUAACCCAUGCGAUAGACAAUUGGCGGCAAUGGGUCCAGAAAAUUGAAGAUUGGCAAAAUCCUAUCCUUAAUAAUCAAUCGCUCCCAGAUUGGUAUAAAUCUGCCAUAUUCAAUGAAUUAUAUUAUCUUAGUGAUGGUGGUACUAUAUGGUUAGAUCCAAUUCAAGUUGAUUGUUUUAAAUCAGAUCUGACGAAUUGUAUACCACUGGAUCUUGUACGAGGUUACAAAAAUGGUAUGGAUCUAGAUCCAUAUAGGUUGACUGGUCGUAAAAUUAAAACUCCAACUACAAUAACUGAAGAUGUAAAAGUCAGUUCUUGGGAUCAUCGUGCUAGAUUAGCACGUGAAAUAGGUUUAUUUGGAUAUCUUGAAGGUCAUGAAUAUCGAAUGUACAAUACAUACGAUGUGCAUCAUGAUGCAUCAUGGGCUUUAAUUAAAUUAUGGCCUAAAAUACAAUUAGCUUUAAAUUAUGACUGCGCCGAUUUGACUAUAGCUGAAGACUCAACUUCAGUUUACUAUAUUUAUAAUGGGAAAACGUUAUUCAGAAGUUCUGAAUGUGCUGUUGUUCAUGAUUUCGGUGAUCCAGAAGAUGAACCAUGGCGAUGUACUAACGCUUACAUAAUGUUUCCUACAGACACAUGGAAAGAUUUGAAUUCGAAAUUAAUUUUACAAGUUUGGCGUGACUGGCGCAUAACACAGGAUCAUCAGUACUUAUUGUAUAUGCUUCCGAUCAUUUCAAGGAUUCUGAGAAAGUCUGUAGUAGCAUGGGACUCUGACAAUGACGGACUAAUUGAAAAUUCAGGCUUUCCUGAUCAAACAUAUGACACAUGGUCUGCCAAAGGCUUAACCGCUUACACUGGUGGCAUUUGGCUUGCCUGCCUAUAUGCUACACUUGAUAUGCUCUCUUGGUGUUUAAAAAGUGAUUCACCUGUUUAUGAUCAAAUGAUUAACAAUAUAGAUGAUACUCAACGUUCUUGGAGUGAAGUUAGAGAUGACGUUCAAAAGUUAUUCAUUAAAGCACGCGAUUCAUACAAUGCCAAACUAUGGACAGGUUCAUAUUACGCUUUCCAAACACAUUGUACUCCUGGACGAGAAGUUAUUAUGGCCGGUCAGCUAAGCGGAUAUUGGUUUGCACGUAUCACUGGAGUGCCACCGAAUUUGAUUUUACCGAAAUUGCAUGUGAUAAAAACCCUGCAGACAAUCGCUAAUUGUAAUUGGCACGGAAUUAAAAAAGGCACUAUAGGUGCGAUUAACGGUUGUCUACCAGAUGGUAAACGUGAUCUUAGUAGUCUUCAAGCAGAAGAAUUUUGGGUCGCUGUAAACUACUCACUUUCUGCUCUUAUGAUAGCUGAAGGAAUGAUUGACGAGGGAUUGGCUCUCGGCGAAAAAUGCUACAAUACUAUUUACAAUAUUUACGGAUUACAUUACCAAACACCUGAAGCGUACAUGUCUGAUGGUCGUUUUCGUUGUCCUGGUUAUAUGCGUGCACUAGCUAUUUGGAGUAUUCAACAAGCAUUGGAAUUCACUAAUGUACAUAAAUACUCAGAGGUUUCAAACAAUAAUGCAACAUUUACAAACAUUUAGGCUUGAAAAUAAUUGAGAUAAUUUAAUGAAGAAGCAAGUUGGCUUUGAUUUAGAUCUUACACCAUAAACCAAACUGACCCUUUAUUCGUUUGAAUGCUAUAUUUCCAAUGUUUUAUUUCUUCUGAUUAUUGCGUGCUUAAAUUGAGAGAAUAAAAAUUGAUGUUAUGAUAAUCUCACUACUUUCUUUUGAUCGACAAUCAAAUGAAUUUGUAAAAGCCCUGUUGAUUUUUCUCAUCUUGUCAAGAAUAACUUUAUUGAUUUUUCUAUUUUAGCUUUUAUUACCUGAAAAUUAGUACUUUUUUCAAACUAAAAGAAAGAUAUUUAUUUUAUUUAUAUAUUUCACUUACAAACUGGCAUAUGAUGUUAUUUCUGUAUUCUUACUGCUUUUGCGGCUUCAGUUUUCAGAGGCGAAGCCUUCAGUGUCAAUGUACUUUGUAUUUCGUGCGUUGAUUAGAAAUGUUAUUUUCUUGAGUACGUUAACUGAAAUUUAUGUUAUCAGUUAGUAGAUAAAACAUUACUCGACAAAAAAAUUUGUUUGUAAUAGAUAGUUGUAACGACGUUACUGUAUUACAUAGACAUAUCUUUAAUAUUAUCUGGAUUUUUAAUAAUGGUGGAGUACACUCCAACAAGGAUACGAUAAUGUAAUUAUAUUUGCUGUUAUGAAGCAAAAACUCUUACAGAUCAAUUCUUUUGUUUGUUCAAUGCAUCCUUUUCAAACAGGUGAUCGUUGUUGUAAUGGCUUAAUAUACUUUUUCGUAUUUACCUUAUCUUUGGAAUAGUUUCUGUCUUUAUCACCACAACUAUACUUUCUUUCCUAAGAAUGAGAACUUUUCCAUCAUAGUGACCUCUUAGAACGGAUGGAUACACCUUUUUACAGAGCUUUGUCCCAUAACAUCUUUUUAAAACUGAACAUGAAUUUAGAUGAAAAAUAGUAUUGGAGCUCAGGUGCUAAACAGUCUCUCUUACCUUUCUAAGCACUUUGAAGUGACCUCUUGGUACCUUAUGACUGCUGCAGGUCUAACUGGUGUUUAGUUGGCGUAAGGCCACUUUAUUGUCAAACACACUUUGGUAUACACUAAUAUUGAAAAUGAUGCUAACGUACGUCAGAUGAACAUGAACGGAAAGUUACAAGUCUUACACUGCGGAGACUAACAAAUAUUUUUUCCUUGGAUAGUGGCG